UUUGAAAACUAGCGUGCAGGCCGCCGACGUUUUUCGAUAUAGUGGGAGCUCGAUGGAGGAGCGACUCGCCGGUGCCCCGGGCUGCUGAGCUCUCGCCGCCUGCGUGCCCGCAGGGCCAUGCUGGCUUCGCGCGUGGCGCGCGGCUCGUGGGGGGCCCUGCGCAGCGCCGCCUGGGAGCCGGGGGCGCGGCCGGGCAAGGGGCGAGCUCGCGGGGCCCUCUUGCCGCUUGCGCCCAGCUGCCUGGGCUGCCUGGCGGGGCGCUGGUGGCUGCGCCCGGCCGCACUCGGCCUGCGGCUGCCUGGGGUCGGCCCGCGCGGUCACUGCUCGGGCGCGGAGAAGGCGGCCCCCAGGCCCGCGGCCGGAGACGGUGCCGCCGCCGAGGCUGGGGACGGGCCCGGGAGCGCCGCCAGCCUGUAUGAAAACCCAUGGACAAUCCCAAAUAUGUUGUCAAUGACGAGAAUUGGCUUGGCCCCAGUUUUGGGCUAUUUGAUUAUUGAAGAGGAUUUUAAUAUUGCACUAGGAGUUUUUGCUUUAGCUGGGCUAACUGAUUUGUUGGAUGGAUUUAUUGCUCGAAACUGGGCCAGUCAAAAAUCAGCUUUGGGAAGUGCUCUUGAUCCACUUGCUGAUAAAAUACUUAUCAGUAUCUUAUAUAUUAGCUUGACCUAUGCAGAUCUUAUUCCAGUUCCACUUACUUAUAUGAUAAUUUCAAGAGAUGUAAUGUUGAUUGCUGCUGUUUUUUAUGUCAGAUAUCGAACUCUUCCAACACCGCGAACACUUUCUAAGUAUUUCAAUCCUUGCUAUGCCACUGCGAGGUUAAAACCAACCUUCAUCAGCAAGGUGAACACAGCAGUCCAGUUAAUCUUGGUGGCAGCUUCUUUGGCAGCUCCAGUUUUCAAUUAUGCUGACAGCAUUUAUCUUCAGAUACUGUGGUGUUUUACAGCUUUUACCACAGCUGCAUCAGCUUACAGUUAUUAUCAUUAUGGUCGGAAAACUGUUCAGGUGAUAAAAGGCAAAUGAAAGCCAUCCAUCAUUGUUAGCAAGGAAGCAGUAUCCAUCAUGGCGGCAGGCCAGUGGAAAUGGACAGGAGUUUCCCUGUUUUGGUGUUCAACUUGACAAAGGACUUGUCAGAACAAACCAUGUCGUCAAAAAUUGAAGUAAUGUGCAUUGAAAAUAAGCUUGAUCAUGGCAUAUGCAGAAUUUCCAGUGUAUUUUUAAAUAUAAAUAAAAGUAUAAUUUAGAAUUUUUUAUCUUAGGUUUCUUAAUUAAUUUAUAAGGUACUAAUUAUUCCAAUUAUUGUCUGUCAUUUUUUAAUGUUUUUUAAGAAAAUAGUCCAGCACAUGGAAACUGAAGAAUUGUCACUUCUCUUUAAUAGAAUUUAGAUUGCUCACAAAGCACUAGGGAAUUUCUUGAGUUUAAAUAUUUAUCCUACACAACUUGGCUACACAAUUUUAUGUUUGAUUUUUAGAUCUGUGUACACAUUAACAGUUCAUGUGGUUAAUACUUGAUCAUUUAGGAUAAUGACAAUAAAGAUAGCUUAGUUGUGGAUGAAGUAAAAACUUGUCAAGAGAUUUAAAAUACAGUAAGUUUUGAAAAUAAUAAAUAAGAUCAAAAUAGAAGGUACUGAAGUUCGUGUUCAGGAGUCUUCCAACCUCUCAGGUGCCUAAUUGUUUACGUAUCAGGAUAACAAGUAACAAUGGUAGUUGGGACAUGAAAACAUGUCCGUUAGCCUACGCCAUCCAAGAGGCAGUGAGUUACAUCAUGCCUUCCCACUGUAUUUCUAACAUAGCAAUGUUUGUAUGAUAUUGGAUGUUAUGUAAAUAACACGGAACUGUAUAUUUUUCAAAGGUU